GCACGCAAAGCGGCCGAACGGUUGGACGGAUCGACGUGCGACGGUGCCGGUCGAGUGCGAUGUCGAUUGGACAGCACAUGCGCUAACCUCGUCUGUCCAGGACUCCCUCUGAGGACUCGACUGUUGUGGUUGUGGAACUUGAAGUCACGUCCGUUCGUUGUGCUUACGGUAAUUACGCAGUGACUCGCCACAUUCCGCAGACCCAAAACUCUGCGGGUAUUGGCUAGUUGUAGCUAUUGCAGAUGUUAGUGCAUGCUGGCUUGAUCUAUCCUGCUUUCCACCUUCCUUUAUCAAUAACUGAUAGAAACAGUAAGAGUUGAGUUUUGUUCUAUAGCGUAAUAGAUACCGAAUAGUGAUUUUAAAACUGUUUUGUCUAGAUUUGUAUGCGCGUGCCUGCGACACGGAGGUUGAAGGUUGCAGAACGACAAUAUGGAGUUAGAAGAAGCUAGAGCUGAGAAAUCAACUGGUCUGAAAUAUAUAAAUUCUAGAAACUACGCAGCAGCGGAGGCAUCAUACGGGCGCGUCUUGCAGCUGUAUGACUCCGCUGCUGCUAGACCCAGACCUGAAGACAAAGCACAUGCAUUUUAUCACUUGCGGUUAAGUGAGGACAGUAUGAUGAAGGACUCCAAUUACUAAACGAAUCUCUAAGAAUUGAAAGAAAACUUGGACCAGGAUAUAAAUCAAAUGUUCCUGCCAGUAAGUAUCUCAGAUAAUCAUAUUGGUUGCUUUUCAUUAUUAUGAGUUCCUCUCACUAUAAUACCUCGUUUACACUGGCGCAUUCAACCAGGUUGGGACCGCACCAGCUCAGUGCUGCUGGUUGAACAUGCCAGUGUAAACGUGGCCGGGCCAAGCUGGGAGUGGUGGAAGCUUGCUGGCUUAGCUCAUUAAAAUCAAGCAAGCUGGCUUGGUGCAGCGUGGUCCCAUUGAGCAGUGUUAACACGAGUAUGCUGGACGACUCUCUCAGAUAUGGACAAGGCAUGUGGAGCUUAUGUAUUCCUGGACAUGGCAUGGUCUGAUGACGAGUUAUUGCAUGAUGCCAUCUAAUUUCAUUGUUCAUCUUGUUCUAUGGACAAAAACUGUGACACAGCAGUCAUCACAUCAGGAGUAGUGAGUAGCAUUGCUCGUUUCCUAGACUGCAAACGCUUAUAAGUAAUAGCUCCAUUGCCUGUAAUCUGUAGUCUCAUGAGCCACUUUGUCUAGCACACUCGAUGCCAUCUUUCAAAAAGAGCACAAGGAAAGCAUUUGCUGUGACGUCCAUGUUUUACCACGUGACAAGGACACAUGAAUGGCAAUAAGUCACAGUACCUGGCAUGACACACAUGCAACGACUGAAGUACUGCAAAUCCAAAUCAGCACUGGCGAAAAAGGCAACACAUGAAAAUGUUACAAAACUGCCUGCAAAUCACCAGCGAGCAUCUGAGAGUGAAUGGCUCAAGUUAGUAGCCAAGUCACUAAAUGGUAAAGAAGUGCAAUUGAAGGCAAAAGCAUCUGAUACUAUUGCCACACUGAAGAAGCAACUUGGUAGCAAGGAUGAUUCUUCAUCCAUGGAUCAACUGCUCGUUGUGAAUGGAAAACAAUUACGUGAUGAGCAAACAUAUUCUGAUGCAGGAUUGUGUCUCGUGCCCAUGUGAGUUAAUCUUGUCACUUGAGAUAAAAUCUGCGAUGGUCUAGAAGAGAAGAUGGGCAGUGCCUUGUCUAAUGUCAAAGUUAUCUUGGCUUUGGCCAAUCGAUUGUGUCGCAUCUCUGAAGAGAAAGAAGUGCAUGCGGCUCUGGUUUUUUUGGAUGACGCCGGAUCAGUAAUAUUCUCUCAGAAGAGUGAGAAAUUGAAGAAUACGGUCAUCACUAAACUGAAUUGGUUGUUCAAAAUUUUCAGCGUGAUUGCAUCAGUCCAUUAUCCUUCUGGGUUAUGUUGUAGGUAUUGGACUCGAGCAAAGACAACAGCCAUCGUUAGCUGGGAGCUGAUGAAGGAUUGAAAGGCACUAGACAUGUGGACCAACCAACUUGGUCGCAAAGCCAGUCACCAAUUACUGAUGAAGACCAUAUGUGACAUUGGUUGCAGACUAUAAGCGGAAGAAGUUUUUGGUUACCAGUUGGUAGAAUAUGUUUCCUUGCUGUAAAAAGGGAUUGUUGUAUUUUGUAGGUUUUGUACUUUUAUUUUGAUAUGCCACAUUUUAGUUAGCAUUUGCUUUUUCUAUCAUUGGAACGGCUUUGCACUAUUUUGUCCAGUAGAUUUAGUUGACUCAGUUGACAGUGUAUUGCUAGUGAGUUACAGUCAAGGACAAAGAAGUUAUGCUUCUUAUUUUACUUUUAAUUUGUAUGUAUAGUAGACAUUUAGCUCAAUAGGUUUUAGUAGAGGAUGGAGCACACUAUGUGUGCGAACGAUAUCAACCAAUCAGCAGCCGUGGAACACCCACGCUUUGGACAGGUUGCAACCCA